CUCACGUGACCUGGAUGUUGACGUACACUGCGGGACGUUGGCGCGGUUUAAUCCAAACCCGGCUGCUGUUCGUACGUGCGGUUUGUAAUUUUCACUUGAAGAAAUGUCCGAACAGCAAAUAUACAGCUACGAAAACGACUGCAAACCUGACGAAAACAGGAACAGAGGCGCUUCCCGAUGGUCCCAGUGUAGGAAGCGCGGAGCAGAUGGUAGUCUGAGGAAAGCUCAUGCUGAGGAAGAUCAGAGAUGUUCACGCCGACCCGAGAGUUUCACGACCCCGGAGAGCGAGGGCCCGGUGUCCAGAGUGAGGAACUGGGGUGACGAGGUGGAGGCCGAGGAGAUGCGCUCAGACGUGCGGCGCGACGUGCACCGAUACAGGAGGAGGAUUCUUGCAGUAGAUGUUCCUCAAAGAGACAGAAAACUCUCAUCUGGAAGUUCCGACUCCCGAGACUCUCGAGACUCUCCGGCUAAAGGCGACAUGGAGACCGACGAGGCCGUACUCGUGCGGCGCCAGAAGCAGAUCAACUACGGGAAGAACACUCUCUCGUAUGACCGAUACAUCAAAGAAGUGCCCAAGCCUAUGAGAGAGCCGGGCGUUCAUCCAAAGACUCCAAACAAGUUUAAGAAGUACAGCCGGCGCUCGUGGGACCAGCAGAUCAAGCUGUGGCGGGUCAAGCUGCACGCCUGGGACCCCCCCGCCGGAGACCUGCAGCAGAUAGAGGAGAUUGACCUGGGUGAAAUCAUGGACUUCGAGUUGGACGUGGAGUGUUCUGCGGAUCCCGAAUCCCAGUGUCCCACAGCCGACGCGGCACCACUGUCCCUGACGCAGGACUCAUUCACAGGAACCCCUAAGAAGAUGAUGAAGAUGGAGGAUGCGGAGAUGUGCUGAGAGCCGAGUCUCCGAGGGAUCCCGAGCAUCUGGACCGGUUUAAUGCACUGUUCGUCUCACUGUUGGUGUGAGGAUUACACCGCUUCCACAGGUUCUGCUGUGU